AUGACAGAUAACACAGAAGUCGAAGUGAAUUAUGUUUCCCAGCGCAAUAAAAGGAGAAGAGAGGAAGCAGAUGAACAUUCGGAUAUGUCUACUUUCAUAAACGAAAUACUGAGCAUGUUUAUGGAUUUAAAAGUUACUAUGAAGGAAAUAAAAGAACAAAAUAUUAAACUACAAGAAUUGGUGGACUUUACAACAAAGAAAUAUGAUGAAAUUAUAGAUAAGAUGCAAAAGAUAGAAGAAAACAUAAAAGAAGAUAAGAAACAAGGCGCCCUAACAAUUGUCCGCCGGUCGUCUAGCCGGAGCAAAGGUGAAAGCUGUUCCACGCCCACUGACGAACAGCUGGAUCAGGUCGACCUGGACACAGAGCACUUGCCCGCCGUCGACACGCCCGAUGCCUGCGAUAAAGCCGCACUUAGGUAA